CUUACGGAGCCGGCCGGCUGAGGCGCGGCGGGCGGGGCGGAGGAUGGAGGUGACUGCGUUCGCGGCGACGGUUGGGGCUGCGCGCGAGGCGGCGGCCGAGUAGGCGGUGGGGCGUCGGGCAUGGCGGGGCGGCCCCUCGGCGCUCCCUAGGCGCCGGAGCCAUGGGCGCUCUGAGCAGCCGGGUGCUGCGGCCCGCGGGGCGGACAGAGCAGCCCGAACCCACGCCGGGUGCUGGGGUACCGGCCCGCAGGUCGGACGCGGGUGAGGAUGCGGCCCACGGCUUCUGUUACUGUCCGGGCGGCCGCAAGCGCAAGCGCAGCAGCGGCGCGUUCUGCUACUGCCACCCGGACUCCGAGACGGACGAGGACGAGGACGAGGGCGACGAGCAACAGCGCCUGCUGAACACGCCGCGCAGGAAAAAGUUAAAGAGCACAUCUAAAUACAUCUAUCAAACGUUGUUUUUGAAUGGUGAAAAUAGUGACAUUAAGAUCUGUGCUCUAGGUGAAGAGUGGAGCUUACACAAAAUCUAUUUAUGUCAAUCUGGCUACUUUUCUAGUAUGUUCAGUGGUUCUUGGAAAGAAUCCAGCAUGAAUAUUAUUGAACUGGAGAUUCCUGACCAGAACAUUGAUAUAGAAGCACUGCAGGUUGCAUUUGGAUCACUUUAUCGAGAUGACGUCUUAAUAAAACCCAGCCGGGUCGUCGCCAUUUUAGCAGCAGCUUGCAUGCUGCAGUUGGAUGGUUUAAUACAACAAUGUGGUGAGACAAUGAAGGAAACAAUUAAUGUGAAAACUGUGUGUGGCUAUUAUACAUCAGCAGGGACCUAUGGAUUAGACUCUGUAAAGAAAAAGUGCCUGGAGUGGCUGCUGAACAACCUGAUGACUCACCAGAGUGUGGAGCUCUUCAAAGAACUCAGGUAUUGGGGUUCCUUCUUUUUUCAACUGCUUGUUGCCUAUUUUCAAGAAAGCUCCUGGCUCUUGUAUCAUUUUAGGCCUCAAGAAAUCAAUAAAGAAGAACUCGAGGGAAAUAGCAUGAGGUGCGGUAGAAAGCUUGCCAAAGAUGGUGAAUAUUGCUGGCGGUGGACAGGUUUUAAUUUCGGCUUUGACCUCCUUGUGACUUACACCAAUCGAUACAUCAUUUUCAAACGCAAUACACUGAAUCAGCCGUGUAGUGGAUCUGUCAGCUUACAGCCUCGAAGGAGCAUAGCAUUUAGAUUGCGCUUGGCUUCUUUUGACAGUAGUGGAAAACUCAUAUGCAGCAGAGCAACUGGCUACCAGAUACUGACACUUGAAAAGGAUCAGGAACAAGUGGUGAUGAACUUGGACAGCAGGCUUCUGAUCUUCCCUUUAUAUAUCUGCUGUAACUUCUUGUAUAUAUCACCAGAAAAAAGAACUGAGAGUAAUCGUCACCCAGAAAACCCCGGACCCUGAGGCACUCGUCAGUGGGGAGAAGAGUACUUUGGAAACUGUGGGCAGCUUUAACUUCAUGGCCUACUGCAUUCACAUCCAAGGUGACUAACAGCAGGCCUUAUGAGCUGCAUGGACUCUGCAGGAGAUGGCCUCACCCUAUUGCAUUUCUAUGCACAUAUGAAAAAGUAUUUUAAACUAAGAAAGUACCUGUCAAACCAUGUAUGUUGAAGGAUGUCAACUCUUGCUUUCAUUUAGCAGUAGAAAAUUGCUAUAGGUAAAUUUCUCAUUUCUUUCCAACAAAAUAUAGAUUUAAUUUUGAGCUUAAAUUUUGAUCCUAAUGUUAGUAAACUUCACUUAAUUCAUCUGUAAAUUUGUUCCUGUUUUGUUAAGAGAAUGUUUAGGACAUAGCUUGAAUGGCCAAUCAUAAAUGUUCUUUCAAUUGGUGCCUUUAAAGCUGUUCUUUAAUUUUUUUCAGUUGCUCAUUUAGGCUUCUGUUUAGUCUAAUACCUUUCCAAUCUCUGCUUCUUUUUAACCAUCAAAUCCUUUUUCAUGGUUUGGGAGACUAAGCUUAGGAAAUGGUUUUUUUUUUUUUUUUUUUUUUAAUCUAAAUUUAAGCAUUUUCAUAUUUUUUAAACUUUAACUUUCCUACAAUUUUAAAUGAUAACAACAACAAUCAGCUUUAGGACUUGAAAUAAACUUGAAUAAGGGAAAUGGGUUGAUUCUGAGGAUAUUCCUUCGCCUUACGUGCGUGGUCUUGUCUGACAUUCUGUGUACUUUUAUGUUAUGAAUUAUUUAUGUACAGAUACAUUUUCAAGUUCUCUGAUUGUUGGAAUUUAUGUUCAAAUUUUAGUUGGGAAUCUUGUUUCCUACUUUAGCUCAGGGCUUUAUAACCUCUGAACUUGAGUGCCUUUGAGUCACAUACGCAAAUAGAUGUCAUGGUGAAUGUACAGGAGGAGCUGGGAACAAAACAUUCAUGUUAAAACAACUUAUUUUUGUCAAGAAUACGAUGUAUGCUUGUCAUGAUUUGUAUACGUUGGUUCCUUGUGCUUAUUGCUCUUUUGAAAAUAGCUUCUCAUUUUCCUCUGGUCAGAGUAAGUGCUUUUGUGGUUGCUGUAUGUGUUUGUAUUUUUUUUAAAUUGGAAUCAUUUUUAUGUAUCUGUUCAAAUAAUAAAUGCUCAUUUGGAAAAGGAA